GUGGACCAUGCUGUGGGACUUGGGCCGGCCCGGGAGACUGAUCUCAUUGGAGUCAUUCGCCUGCAGGCGCUAUCAGGUCCUUCCACCAGCAAAGACGUCAAUAUAUUUCGUCAUGUUUGACCAUGCCAACCUCAGCAAGAGCUGGGAGGAUGUCGCCUGGGUGUUUCGAAGCCUCGAUGGACAGACCACGGUGAGCAUGUUCAUGAUACCCAUGAACACGUCUGCUGGGAGUUGGGGCGAUACGCAGUAUGUCAUAGAGCGGGAAGAUGGUGCUGUGGUGGUCAGUGGUACGCUCGGUGCUCCUGGUGCGGCCAAUGCCAUAGACAUCGGAGGAGGUCAUGCUGAGCUAGAUGAAUUUUCGGCAGUCGCCGGGGAAAUUUU